AUGAAGGAGGAGGAGCGAGAAGUACAAGCGGAAGCAGGCGCCGAGUCGGCGUCGUCGACGACGUCGUAUGAGUCGGAGGAGGCGGAGGAACUGCAGCGGCUGGUGCAGGCGCCGCCGUUCUGGAAGAGCAAGAAGAGGCUGUCGAAGCAGCUGUCCAUGUGCGAGACGCCGCGCGACAUAGCGUGGGAGAGGCGGCGCCGCCAGAUCCUGCGGCAGGAGCGGCGGAGGAACGGGAUCGACGGUGAGGACGUGCUGAUCACGGACGAGGAUCUGCAUGAGCUGAAGGGGUGCAUAGAGCUGGGGUUUGGGUUUUGCGAGGAGGAGGGGCAGAAGCUGUGCAACACUUUGCCGGCGCUCGAUCUCUACUUCGCCGUCCACCGCCAGCUUAGCUCACCCAGUCCCGUCUCGACGCCCCACAGUUGCUCCGGCGGUUCCUCCACCUCGCUCGGCGGCCGGUCGUCGUCUUUCGGCAGCCCCAUGAGCGAUUCUGAUUGGAAGAUUUGCAGCCCAGGAGAUAAUCCUCAACGGGUGAAGACUAAGUUGAGGCACUGGGCACAAGCAGUUGCUUGCUCUGUGAUGCAAUCUCAGUGA